CGCAAUUCUCUCAUUCAUUCUCUUCCUUCCUUGCGAGACUAGGGUUUCAGCAUCGAUGCUUUUUCUCUUUCUUCACAAGGGUUUCCAAAACAGCAAUGACGAACGUAGAGGUGCAUUUUCAAUCACAUAUCAAUCAACAACAAGCAACUGAGAACGACGAAGAAGUUGAAGUUGAAUUGAAUCUGCGAUACAUCAGCCUCAGAGACGCUGAUUUGGUUUCAAACUUCAUCGCUUCUCAUGGCUCCGAAAUAACUCUGCCUACUUUCAAGUCUCCUGAAGUGAAGGGCUUGGCAUACACAACCUUGGCGGAACUUUUACUUCUUCUCAAGAACCAUUCAAUCUUAGAUCUCCUUGACAAUCAACGCUUUCUACUCGUUAAGUUACUUGAAGAUCUUCACCAUACAUUUCGUUUUCGUGGACCUUGGCUUGAUUCUCUUAAGAUUCUCAUGUUCGAGAAUGCUACAAACGAUUCUUGCACCUUGAAAAAACUGAGGGGACUUGAGAAAAAGUUUUAAGGGCUGUAAUGAUGAAAUCAUGCGUAAAUGGCCGAGAAAGAGUAAAGGGACUGGGUUGACUGGGUUGAUGCAAUCCUUUAGGAAAUUGGUCAAAUAUCAUCUUAAGGUUGUUACCGAAGAUAGGAAAGCUGUUUCCGAUGCCAGAAAGUCUUUGAACUUCUUCUAUCCUAUUUAGUGUGCUUUUUUCGUUU